AUGGACACUGCCAGUUCACCUGUAAAAAAGGUUAAAAGCCCAGCUCUUGAUAAUAUUAAUACCAAAACAUCGGUCAUAUGUUUAAAGGUCCCUGAAGGCUUAUUUGAUGCAAUAACAGCUAAGAAGCAUUUUACCAAAUUUGGUCGAGUUCAAAAAAUAAAACUUUUUCCAAAACGACAGAUGUGCAUAAUUGAAUAUGAUCAACCCCUAAGUGCAGAGCGGGCAGUUUUGAAUGCUGGAGCAUUUGAUGGGUUUAUGUUCGAUGUUACUCGUACAAAGGGUCAAAUAAGGCGUAAGAGUAGGAAAGAUGAUGAUCCUGAUUGGGUACCGGACUCAGAUGUUGAAGAGGAACUUUCAGCUAUGAGAGGAGCUCCAACUUACCGAGUACCUCGUCAAAAAGGAGAAAGGAAACUGAAACUCCCCACAAAAGUAACAACAUUAUUGCCCAAAAGAAAACCGGUGUCAACAAUAACAAGAAUAAAACAGACAGUGACUCCACGUACAGCUACAGGAGAAUCCUCUUCAGUCACUGUGGCAUCCACUAGUUUAAGUACAUCAGAGGCAGCUGCAGAACUAUAUCAACUUCGCAGUAGGGUCUCUCUGACUCCAGAUGAGCAAUGGCGUACAUUAGAUGCUCGAGACAGAAUCUUACGUGCCUGGGGCGGUGCAGGUUCCAGGGUAAAGGUUGGAGGUGCUACUAUUGGCACUUGCCCAGACAUGUGUCCUGAAAAAGAAUUAUUACACCGUCAGGCUGAACAUCAGGUGAUGACAUUGGAAACAAUACCAGAUUCUGAUGGCCAGCUGGAACCUUGGCGUGCAGUCAAACAGUACAGUCGAAGCUCAGCUGACCAAGAGAUACCAAUGUGUUAUGAGUUGCGACCUGCACAUGUACUUACCAGGACCUGUGCUUAUCUGCUUAAUGAGAUAGCAGACACCACUAGACAGGUUACAUUGGCAGACUGGUUUCAUUUCAUGUGGGACCGAUUUCGGGGGAUCCGUAAAGAUAUAACACAACAGGCGUUGUGUUGUGCAGAUUCAAUCCGCCUGGUGGAGACUUGUGCCCGAUUCCACGCACAUUGCGCAGCUCGUCUUGCAGAUUUAGAGCAUACACAAUUUGAUCAGAAACUCAAUACAGACAAUCUCACCAAGUGCCUGCAGACCCUCAAACAUAUGUAUGCCGAUGUUGGACCCGAGUUGAAGCCAAGGGAGGCGGAGUUCAGGGGUUAUAUUGCUCUGUUGAAUUUGGGAGACUCGAAUUUCUGGUGGGAGAUCAAGCAGUUACCAAAGGAGAUUCAAAAAUCGCCAUCAAUCACGUUUGCCAUACAAGUGUUUACAGCAUUGGAUAACAAUAACUAUGUCAAGUUUUUCCGUCUCAUCAAUGAAAAAGCUACUUACCUCCAAGCAUGCAUUCUGUUGAGGUACUUCAAUGAUGUUAGAGCACGAGCACUUGCACGAAUUGUUAAAGCCUACGCACCCAGAGGCGGUUCAAGAUAUCCAGCUAAUGAAAUGAUGAGCGCCCUUGCUUUUGAAUCUGUAGGAAGUAUGAAGUCGUUUGUGAAUCAUUAUGGUUUACGUUUUUCAAAGACGGAAUCGGAAUUAACAAUAAUACUAGACAGGAAUCAGUUCAUAGAGGACAGUGAUCCAUAUCCACUUGCUCGAGCUGUGAAACUUAUAGAAUCUAAGAGACAAAGUACAGUUGGCGAAAAAGCCAAUGAGGCUGAGGCUAAGUUGCUAGAAGUAAAGAAAAAGGAAGAAGAAACGAUGUUAAAAAUGCAGCAACAAGAGGAAAUAAGGAGAAGAGAAGAAGAACUAAAGAAGUUAGAAAAGCAAAAGCAAUUAGAAGAAAUUAAGAAAAAAGAAGAAGAGAAAAAGCAAGAAGAACUUCGAAUAAAGAAACUAGAACAAGAAAAAAAGGCUGAGUUGCAAAGAAAAGCUCUGGAAGAGGAGAGAAUAUUUAAAGAAAAGGUUGAAAGAGACUCACAGCAAUGUCUAGCAGAUCUUUUAGAAGAAACCAAUAAUGAGACUAUUCAAGAUGAAGCUAUGAUACAGUUAGAGAAGCAACUUGAAGAGGAGAAGAAGAAAUCCGAUGAACUUGAAAAUUUAUUACGAGCGGCGUUAUCUGAUGUG